AUGGCGCCCCCUUCGCUGAUCACGACGAUCAGCCAACUGCUCCUCGUAACCAGCAUCUUGCCAACGCUUUUCGUCGCCGGGUAUUUGUGUGACCGGGAGAAAGGGCCCAGCCUGACGGUAGAAACCCUGACCGGGACUUUUACUGGCCUGCAGAAUCCGGAAUAUCCCGACGUCCGCGAGUUUCGCAACAUCCCGUAUGCAGAACCACCCGUAGGCAAGCGACGAUGGAAACCGCCGGUGCCACUGCCGCCGUCGAGAGAGCACCGUUACUCGCGCAGAUUCCCUGCAUCGUGCCCGCAGUAUCUGACGUCGAAACUGUCAUUGUGGAACUCUAACAUCACGGACUUCUCGAUCAACACCGGUGACCAGAGCCCUCAUGCCGGGGAAAUGGCACAGACAACAGCCGAGGACUGUCUGAGUCUAGCCAUAUGGACACCGAGAAACGCUACAUCGCAAGCCAAGCUUCCCGUAGGCUUGUUCCUGCCCGGUGGCAGCUUCAAAGGCGGCGGGCUUGACACGCCUCAUCACAUCCCCGCGGGCUGGGUAAAUCGCAGCCAGAAACAUAUCAUGGUCACGAUGAACUACCGGGUUCAUAUCAUGGGAUUCCCCAACGCUGCUGGGCUGGAGGACCAGAACCUGGGAGUACUGGAUCAGCGGAUGGCGCUUGAAUGGGUCUACUCGAACAUCGAAGCAUUCGGUGGAGACCCGGAUCUCAUCACGGUAUGGGGACACUCUGCCGGCGGAGUAUCGGCCGAUCUUCUCAGCUUCGCAUACCCCGACAACCCCUUGGCAGCAGGUUUUUUCUUAAUGUCAGGCACGGCAAUGCGUGUGUUCUCGCAGGGAGACAACGCGCUACAGGCGAACUUCACUUAUGUCGCACAAGAACUCGGAUGUGAUUACCCAGAUGACCCAAAAGCCGAGUUAGAGUGCAUGCAGCAAGUGCCCGUUCACCAAAUAACGAACUUUAUCGGCCAUUAUGGGGACGAUGGAAAGAAGCCUUCUUUGUUCUUCCGACCUGUGGCUGACAGCAAAGUCAUACACAAGGACUACAUGGACAGGGCACAAAAGGGUCUCAUAUCCAAGGUGCCAACGCUUAUCAGCGAUACCUCCAACGAACAGUCAAGCCUCAUCACAUAUCCCAUCGAUGAUUUACUCGGAGGCCCUGACAAGACCAAAAUCGAUAAAGGAACGCUGGACGAGUUCGUCUGUCCAGCAUGCAACUCCUCCAACGUCCGGGCCCUAAACAACAUCACCACCUACCGAUACCAAUACGCUGGAAUCUUUCCCAACCUGACCCCCUUUUCAUGGAUGGGAGCUUACCAUGGCGCGGACCUCCCCAUGAUCUUUGGGAGCUACAACAUGACCGGCGGCGCGACAGAGUUUCAAAGGCAGGUAGCAGACGCUAUGCAGGACUAUGUAUUAGCCUUUCUGACUGAUCCCGAAAAUGGGAUUAAGAACUUGGGCUGGCUUCCUAGUAAUACGCCGGCGGGGGGUGACGGGCCCAUGGUGCGCUUUAGUGCAGGCACCGAAGUAAUCCGCAGCAUUAGUUCCUUAGACGUCGACAUGGCAUGUGUUGGGCUCGGGCUUUAUGACUCAAAUCCUGUCAGAUGA